CAGUGCCAUUUGUCAGUUACUAGUAGCAGCCAGAGGAGGGGAAAGGCUGACUCUGGGGGGAGUGAGGAGAUGCCAGCAUGGGAACUUAGGAGCAAAUGGGGUGUGGAGGCAGGAAGGGGCACAUGCUAGAAUAUCAGAGCUGAACGGCAGAAGUACAUGGAAAGUCCUAGAAACUGUUCUGCCCCCUCCACCAGCUGUCAAGAAAGGGGAGGAGAAAUCCUCUGGGAUGGGGAGGAGGGUGGGAGCCGUUAGGAAGCUAUUUAAGAGCCAACUUUCUGGUCACUUUGCCUGAGUCCUUUUGAGGAAGUACCCAGAGGCACACAGAGAGACUACCACAGAACACCCUCUCAGAAGCACAAGCAGGAUCCAGUAAAGCUGAGGAUGUCAGAUACUCCAGCAAGCACCUUUGGAGGGAGACGAGCAGUUCCACCAAACAACUCCAAUGCGGCAGAAGUGGACCUCCCGACUGAGGAGCUGCAGGGCCUGGUGCCCAGGGGCUUCAACCUGAAAGAUUACCUGAAUGUCACAGCUGUUCACCUGUUCAAGGAGCGAUGGGACAGCAACAAGAUCGAUCACCACACAGACAAAUAUGACAACAAUAAGUUGAUUGUCCGCAGAGGGCAGACUUUCUACAUCCAGAUUGACUUCAAUCGUCCAUAUGACCCCAGGAGCGAUCUCUUCAGAGUGGAAUAUGUCAUUGGUCGCUACCCUCAGGAGAACAAGGGCACCUACAUCCCAGUGCCUGUAGUGAAGGAGCUGCAAAGUGGAAAGUGGGGAGCCAAGGUUAUCAUGAAUGAUGACAGGUCUGUGCGACUUUCCAUUCAGUCUUCCCACGAAUGCAUCGUAGGGAAAUUCCGCAUGUACGUUGCCGUCUGGACUCCCUAUGGCAUCCUGCGUACUCCAAGAGACCCGGAAACAGACACAUACAUUCUCUUCAAUCCUUGGUGUGAAGAGGAUGCUGUGUAUCUGGAUGAUGAAAAAGAAAGAGAAGAGUACGUCCUGAAUGACAUCGGAGUGAUAUUUCAUGGGGACUUCAAUGACAUCAAGAGUAGAAGCUGGAACUAUGGCCAGUUUGAAGACGGCAUCCUGGAUGCUUGCUUGUACGUGAUGGACAAAGCUGAGAUGGACCUUUCUGGCAGAGGGAACCCCAUCAAAGUCAGCCGAGUUGGAUCAGCAAUGGUGAAUGCCAAGGAUGACGAAGGUGUUCUUGUUGGAUCAUGGGACAAUGUCUAUGCCUACGGCAUCCCUCCAUCAGCCUGGACAGGAAGUGUAGACAUUCUACUAGAAUACAGAAGCUCGGAGACACCAGUCAGAUAUGGCCAGUGCUGGGUUUUUGCUGGUGUCUUUAACACAUUUUUAAGAUGCCUUGGAAUCCCUGCUCGAGUUAUUACCAAUUAUUACUCAGCCCACGACAAUGAUGCCAAUUUGCAAAUGGACAUCUUCCUGGAAGAAGAUGGGAAUGUGAGCUCCAAACUCACCAAGGAUUCAGUAUGGAACUACCACUGCUGGAACGAGGCAUGGAUGACAAGGCCUGAUCUUCCUGUGGGAUUUGGAGGCUGGCAAGCUGUGGACAGCACACCCCAGGAAAACAGUGAUGGCAUGUACCGCUGUGGCCCUGCCUCCGUCCAAGCCGUUAAGCAUGGCCAUGUCUGUUUCCAGUUUGAUGCCCCAUUUGUUUUUGCAGAGGUCAACAGUGAUCUUGUUUACAUCACAGCUAAGAAAGAUGGCUCUCAUGUGGUGGAAGCCGUUGAUGCCACCCAUAUUGGGAAGCUAAUUGUGACCAAACAAAUUGGAGGAGAUGGCAUGCAGGACAUCACGGAUACGUACAAAUUUCAAGAAGGCCAAGAAGAAGAGAGACUAGCCCUUGAAACUGCCCUGAUGUAUGGAGCUAAGAAGACUCUCAACACUGAAGGUGUUGUCAAAUCGAGGUCUGAUGUGGACAUGAACUUUGAUGUGGAAAAUGCUGUGCUGGGAAAGGACUUCAAAGUGACUAUCACCUUCCAGAACAAUAGUUCCAAUCUGUACACCGUCCUGGCCUAUCUUUCUGGCAACAUCACCUUCUACACUGGGGUAUCCAAGAAAGAGUUCAAGAAGGAGUCCUUUGAAGUGACGCUGGAUCCCUUGUCCUUCAAGAAAAAGGAAGUGUUGGUCAGAGCGGGCGAGUACAUGAGCCACCUUCUGGAACAGGGCCUCCUGCACUUCUUUGUCACAGCUCGCAUCAACGAGUCCAGGGAUGUCCUGGCCAAGCAAAAGUCCAUAGUGCUGACUAUCCCCAAGGUCAUCAUCAAGGUCCGAGGCGCUGCCAUGGUUGGCUCUGAUAUGGUUGUGACUGUGGAGUUCACUAAUCCUUUAAAAGAAACGCUACAAAAUGUCUGGAUUCAUUUGGAUGGUCCUGGAGUGAUGAGACCCAAGAGGAAGAUGUUCCGUGAAAUCCGGCCCAACACCACUGUGCAGUGGGAAGAAGUCUGUCGGCCUUGGGUCUCUGGCCCUCGGAAGCUGAUUGCCAGCAUGACCAGUGACUCCCUGAGACAUGUGUAUGGAGAGCUGGAUCUGCAGAUUCAAAGACGACCUAUGUAAAUGUUCCGGAGGCUGAAAUGGGCCGGGUCAUGUGGCCUAUUGCAGUCUUGGCUAUGGAGAUUCUAAUGCAAAACAUAGCUAGCUCUUGCUUUAAUUUGGGUGUGAAGACUGAGACAGAUUCCAACAUAGAGAUGCUAUGUAUUUCACAGACAGCCUUUCCAAAUAGGCUAUUGGACAAGGGAGUUAGCUUUGAAUUGUUGCACCUUCCAAAGGAUCUGAGCAUUAGCUUUAAUUAUGCUAUAAUUAAGCCUUCAUAGCACAUAAGAGUGAAAGUCAUCAUUUAUCAUUGCAAAUGGCUGCAGCUCUGCAGAUCAAAGGGCUUCCCUUGAGCAGGGAGAUGUGCCCAAUACCUGGCCUCAAUUAAGAAUUCUGAUUCCCCACUCAGUCUUUUAGGGGUAACAUACUCCCCAAAGGAAAGGGCAUGCUCAGUUGGAUCCUUACAAUUCUAUUCCCUUUUCUUGGAAUCAGGUUGAACCCUCUGUGUUAAAAUAUUUUUUUUUCAGGAAUUAAGCAGGACAUCAUUUUUCUUCUUGGCAAAGCCAGAAGAAAGGUCUUUCAUCUUGCACCUGCAGCCAAGGAACUGCCUGCCAAAAUUCACAGAUUACCUUGUGAGAAGAUGUGGCCCCACAUUAACAAAUUGCAUUUGUGGGGAACUUAAUCACCUAAGAGGAGAUAAGGAAGCAGGUGUGGUACUCAGAUCUAUUAAAUAAUGCAGUUUACGGUGCAUUUUAUAGGUGUCACACUGUGUCCUGAUCAGCAAAAAUGAAUAACCUCACUUUAACCCUUUCUCUGAUAGAGAACUAGAAAGUAAGGGUGCUGACUUGGGAUUAGAGAAAUGAGGAAUUAGCAUCCUUGCUGGGUGAUUCUACUUCACCUGUUUCUCUGAGAUCAUCACAUUCAUACAAUGACACUGACAAAAAGGAAAACAGCUUGAGAAACUAGCAGAGUUAGUAAACAUCUGGAUGAUCAAACAGAUUGUGAUUCCUCCCUUUUUCUUCAUAUUUCAAGCCCAUAUAUCAAGCCCUUUCCUGGACCCUUGAGUGCUGAGAGCUAAGACAGACUCAGACUUGCAAAAGGCCUGCAUUACUCUUGACGCAAGGAGAGAGGACACCAAAAUCCUUUACCUUAUGUGCCAAGACUCCAUCAGACGAGAUUACUGGCACCUAUUUGUACAACAGAUUUAUAGUUAGAAUUCCCCAUUUAAAUACCUUGGAUGUGAUUUAGGUCAGGUGCCUAUGGAAAAAAAAGAACAAAUAGAAAAGAAAUGACAGGAAGGAAGGAAUGGAGGAAGGGAAGGAGGAAGAAAGGAAGGAAAGAAGGAAUGGAGGGAGGGGGAAGGGAGGAAGGAAGGAAAGAAGGAAGGAAUACUGUGGGAGAGAAGUUAUGGAAGAAAAGAAAACAGAAUGCUCUAGUCUGUACCUAUGCUCUGGUUUAUUUCUAAGCCAUUGGGAGUUUCCUGAGAACUCAGAACUAACCCCCGAGGUUCAGCAGAUACUAUAAGCAAAACUCCACAAAGUCAUCUCCCGACAUUAGCAUCUAAUUCCAAAUGAAAUGCAUUUUGCUAGACUUUAAAACAGCUUAACUUAGUAUGUUGUUAUUAAUGAGAGUGUAAUCGAUGCCUGUAAUAAAGUUAAUCUGAUUACAUGUGCCCAGAA